CUGCUAAAUCCAUAGGCCACCUUGAAGAAGAAGAAGAAGAUCAGCCAUGGCUCUUAGAAUCAAAACUGUUAUUCUACUUCUCCUCAUUCUCCUCAUUCCCUUAUCAGGCAUAGUUGAAGGCUUCAAGGAUGGCACCAUCCCCUAUCACUCACUUUACAAGGAUGGUAGCCGAAUGAAGUUGAGGAAGCUUCUAGAGUUAGAUUCUCUGCUGGAUUAUGAUGAUGCUGGAGCUAACCCUAGGCAUGAUCCUAGAAGGAAGCCUGGAAAUGGUGGUGGCAGGAACCCUUAACUUCCCUUUUGGGCCCUAAUUAACUAUAUAAUAGACACUACUCUCUCUCUCUCUCUCUAGGGGUUUUGAUCAUGCAUGUUGAAACGUAAUAUGUAGCAUUAAUUCCAAAUGAGUUUCUUUAUGAAUGAUAUUAUAUAACCCUAGUUGUGGGUGUAGUUUAAGGGCCUUAAAAUAUAUAUGACCUUUCCUUGUAUGUAUAUCAGAUGUUUCCUAUGUAUGCAGUUCUGCUGCAAUUGCUCAUCCUGGAUAUUAUGUAUAAAUAAAGUUGCUACUAUUGCUUUAA